UGUAAUAAACCUUGUGCUAUUUGGGGCAUGCCCUUUGCCUACCUACCAUCGUUGUGAUGACUGGAUCCAUUUUUUGAAAGGAUACACUACAGAACUGUUCUACAUUAGAUUAGGUUUCCAUGAGGAAACUAAGGAAAUACCCCGUGAUGUGUAUUUGUUUAAAUUAGACAUGACUAGUAUAAAAUGGGAAGAAUUGGAAUGCCUAAAAAGCUGGGACAUGACGGGUUUGGUAUUGGAAGAAUUGGAACUAGAAGAUUUCAAGGACUUUGAAGUGACUACUGAGAUGUGGGAAGAAAUGCGUGACCUUAAAGACGCCCUCUUUUUUGUAGAUCUUGAUCGCGAUCGCUCGAUAUUUUAUAACCCUGCAGUUGCCUCCGAGUUAGGGGGUUAUAUACAUAUUCGUGGCAAAAUGGACAACUCAGUGUAUUCGUAUCAUGUCAACUAUAAAACCAUAGUCCCAUCACCUAUGCCUUCUCCAGUGCUCUCAACUAGCCAUGUGUCGAUAAAUUCGGGUUAGAAGCUGAUCAUGCAG